GCCGCCGGAGCAGCUCCCGCGGCGGAGCAGGAGCCGGAUGGUCAGAGGAGCCCGGCAGCCCCAGCAGCCGCGGAGUCGCCUGGCCCCCAGACUGACUGGCACAGUGGAGAAACCGCCUCGAAAACGGAGAAGCAGAAUCACUUUUGGAACUAGGUACUAUGCGAGGAGCCCAAGCAACUAGGAGUGGCCUACGUAAGAGGGAAGCUGAAGCUCCUGACUCUCAGCCCUAGCUGAGCUCCCAGCUGACAUCCAGGAUCAGCUUCCUAGCCAUAUUCCUUUAUCCUUUGCAGCUGUCAGAUACAUUGGUGUGUUUGAAAAUUGACACCAGGACUGAAUUUGCUCUUAAAGAAAUCAUGUCCUCUGGAGGUGCUGAAGAUGAUAUCCCACAGGGUGAGAGGAAAACAGUUACAGAUUUUUGUUACCUUCUGGAUAAAUCUAAGCAGCUGUUCAAUGGGUUAAGAGAUUUGCCACAAUAUGGACAGAAGCAGUGGCAGUCCUAUUUUGGAAGAACUUUUGAUGUUUACACCAAACUCUGGAAGUUCCAGCAGCAGCAUAGACAAGUCUUGGAUAAUCGAUAUGGCUUGAAGCGCUGGCAAAUAGGAGAAAUUGCUUCCAAGAUUGGGCAGCUAUACUACCAUUAUUACUUACGCACAUCGGAAACCAGCUAUCUGAAUGAGGCUUUUUCCUUCUAUUCUGCAAUCAGACAGAGAUCAUACUAUUCUCAAGUCAAUAAAGAGGACAGACCUGAAUUGGUAGUUAAGAAGUUACGAUAUUAUGCAAGAUUUAUAGUAGUUUGUCUUCUUCUCAACAAAAUGGAUGUUGUAAAGGAUCUGGUAAAGGAAUUGUCAGAUGAAAUUGAAGAUUAUACCCACCGAUUUAAUACUGAAGAUCAAGUGGAAUGGAACUUGGUGCUUCAAGAAGUAGCAGCUUUCAUUGAGGCGGACCCUGUAAUGGUAUUAAAUGAUGAUAAUACCAUUGUUAUCACAUCAAAUCGCCUUACUGAAACAGGAGCCCCAUUGCUGGAACAGGGCAUGAUUGUGGGACAAUUGUCUCUGGCUGAUGCACUCAUUAUUGGUAAUUGUAAUAAUCAGGUUAAGUUCAGUGAACUAACUGUUGAUAUGUUCCGGAUGUUACAAGCUCUGGAAAGGGAGCCAAUGAAUUUAGCUUCCCAGAUGAAUAAACCAGGAAUGCAGGAAUCAGCUGACAAGCCUACUAGACGAGAAAACCCCCACAAGUAUCUGCUCUACAAACCAACCUUCAGCCAACUAUAUACCUUCUUAGCAGCGUCUUUUAAGGAGCUGCCUGCCAAUAGUGUGCUUCUGAUUUACCUGUCGGCCACUGGCGUUUUCCCCACAGGUCGUUCUGAUAGUGAAGGUCCUUAUGAUUUUGGAGGUGUACUUACUAAUAGUAACCGGGAUAUUAUUAAUGGAGAUGCCAUCCACAAACGAAAUCAGUCCCACAAGGAAAUGCACUGCCUUCAUCCCGGAGAUCUCUAUCCUUUCACCAGGAAGCCUCUGUUCAUCAUUGUGGAUUCAUCUAAUAGUGUUGCAUACAAGAAUUUCACAAACUUGUUUGGACAGCCACUAGUCUGCUUGCUUUCUCCUACAGCAUAUCCAAAAGCUUUACAAGAUCAAUCUCAGCGAGGUAGCCUCUUCACUCUCUUUUUGAACAAUCCUCUAAUGGCCUUCCUAUUUGUCUCUGGAUUGUCAAGCAUGCGCAGAGGCCUAUGGGAAAAGUGUCAAGAAUAUCUUCGAAAAAUCAACCGUGAUAUUGCCCAGCUACUGACCCAUUCACGUUCAAUAGAUCAGGCAUUUCUCCAGUUUUUUGGAGAUGAAUUUCUUCGCUUGCUCCUCACAAGAUUUAUCUUUUGUUCAGCCACCAUGAGGAUGCAUAAAAUUUUUCGGGAAACACGAAAUUAUCCAGAAUCGUAUCCACAACUGCCAAGGGAUGAAACAGUGGAGAAUCCUCAUCUCCAGAAGCACAUUUUGGAAUUAGCAUCCAUUCUGGAUGUUCGAAACGUGUUCUUUGAGAAUACCAUUGAUGACUAUUAAAACAAAAACCCUCUUGUCAAAACAAGUUUUCAUUUUCCAAAAAUUUUAAAUGGUGCAGUUUUCUAAUGUGAUAACAGACGCAUAGUGGUGUUACUUACUUUUUAUUUUUUAAUUUAGGGCCACCAUUUUAAAAAAAAACUAAGGAAAAAAACGUUCACACUUUUAGCGUAACUGUUUUAAAAUGCAACCUUUCAGGUCUUUUAAAAUCUCAAUCUUGGAAUUUUUAUUUUUUGCUUUUGAGGGAUGGAUAUUUACCUCGAACAUCUAAUCCUACACUCAAAUAGUCACUAUUCUCACCCUAAGAAGAGUAAACCAUUUAUUUUUGUAUAAUGAGGUAAAUCCAACUCUUAUACUUGGAUAGGUUAAAUGUCUGGAUUUGGAUAUAUAUAAUGGUUCAUAAUAAUGAAGCUAGCCAUGAUGGACUGCUGAAAAUCAAGAACAGAGUCCCUCCAUCAUAUAUUUUUUUCUCUUUCCAACUUAGCUGGUAGAAAAAUGUUUGGUUCUUUGAAACAUGAUCAAGCCAGUUUUUGAAAUCAUUUAAUUUCUUUCAGUACUGUCAUAAUUUCAGAAAUUGGAUUGAUUUGCAUUUGAAAGCUAGAUCUUAAUUGAGGACUUGAGAUGGUAAAUAUUACUUGGAAUGUAUGAGUAUUGUGUAAGGAGAUUUAUUUGCAUAUUUUGUUUUCUUUGUAGUCUUUGAAUGCUGGAAAUGAAAAAGGAAACAACUUUGAAAUAUUUCAGCCAAAAAAACAUGUAAUUAGUUUCAUAAUACAGUGCCUCCAAUAGGAAUUCUAUUUAAACUCUUGGUUUAUGAGAUCACAUUUAAAGACUGGAUUGAUAUCUGUGGCAUAGAGUAUAAAGUUUUAAUUUUUUGCCUCGUUCAAAUUUAUGAGACUUCAAAGUCAGAGAUGUUUUGAAUUUUGGUAAGGAUUGAUGGGUGUUAUGAAACCUAAAAUAUAAGUUGAUUUUGUAUUGACAAUUUGGAAAUAAGAUUUAUUAACAUUCCCUGUAUUUAGUAUUUAUAUUAAUGCACAAAAUUUUAUUAUCUUAAAUAAGAUUCAGUGUAUAUUAUAAGAAUUUUUCUUUUUUGUGUUUUCCUUCCCUGUCAUUCCCUUUAUAAUUUCACAGUCACUAGCUAGGAUAUCCCCUCCUCCUUUUUGAUUAUCCAGCAUUCAAUUUCAGAAAUCUGUGAAUGAAAGGCAUUAUACCUAAUUUUCUGUACAGGAUCACAUCUGGCAGUCCCAGGGGAAGUGAGGUGAUUGCUUUUGGUAUCUCUUUCUCAUGACACUAGGUAAAUUUUGUACUGUAAUUUUUGUUUGUUUUGAGACGGAGUCUUGCUCUUGUUGCCCAGGCUGGAGUGCAGUGGCACGGUCUUGGCUCACUGCAACCUCUGUCUCCUGGGUUCAAGCAAUUCUCCUGUCUCUGCCUCCCUAGGAGUUUGGAUUACAGGCACCCACUACCAUGCCUGGCUAAUUUUUGUAUUUUUAGUAGAGAUGGGGUUUCACCAUGUUGGUCAGGCUGGUCUCAAACUCCUGACCUUGUGAUCUGCCUGCCUUGGUCUCCCAAACUGCUGGGAUUACAGGCAUGAGCCACCAUGCCCGGCCAUUAUUUUUAACUUGGUUUUCAUUUCUGGCAUAGAGACUAAUUUGGGUCUAAGUUAUUCCCAUUCCUGCUCUGAUUUGCUGAUGUUUUAAAUCUGUCAAAAGUUACUGUUUUGGGGUUUGGGGACUUGGUGGGUAUUUUGUUUACUUUUUUUUUUUUUUAAGAGAUAAGGUCUUGAUCUGUUGCCCAGGCUGGGGUGCAGUGGUAUGAUUAUGGCUUACUGCAGCCUUAAACUCCUGAACUCAGGCAAUCCUCCCACCUCAGCCUCUCAAGUAUCUGGGACUACAGUCAUGCAUCACCGUGCCUAGCUAAUUUUCUUUAGUUUUUAAUUUUUUGUAUAGAGAUGUGGUGUCACUUUGUUGAGCAGGCCAGUCUCGAACUCCUGGGCUCAAGUGAUCCUCCUGCCUCAACCUCCCAAAGUGCUAGGAUUACAGGUGUGAGCCACUGUACCUGGCCUAUUUACUUUUUAAAAAUAUUUUUGUUUGUUCUUUCAAACAGUAUUUCAGAAAGCUUGAGAAAAGUUACCCUGGAAAGAGAUUUCCUUUGCUAGUGGGUUGUUUUCAUUUUCAAGUAAAGACUGCUUUCCCUUUUCUUCAGUGUCUUAACUUCAUAGCUUUCCUUUAGUAACAGUGUUCAUUGAACUCUACAGCAAUAGACUGUCUUCCAUUUUCUGACCUCUUAUUUCAAUUCCCCUUAAGUCCUAUGCCAGUUAUGGUCCUACCAACACAGGGUUUCCUGUCCUCUAAUGUUUAAAUAGUAUUUACUGUUCUGAGCUUUAUCCUCCCCUGUUAAGCAUAAAGAACACUGGUCUGAGAACUAGGAGACCUGAGUUCUAGUCCUGGCUUUCCUGGUAACUAGUGUUACACCCUUUGACAAGUGUCUUCAUGUCUCUGCUUGUUAGCACUCUCAUCUGUAAAAUGAAGAGGUUGGCCCAGGUCUUUUCCAACUCUAUGAUUCCAUAAUUUGGACUCUUGUUUCCAAAAGUAUUGAUUUCCCCACUCCAACCACCAGGAGAACUAUUUACCCUGUUUGUAGUGUACACAGUUUCUUUUGUAGGUCAUAUUUACCUAGAUUUUGUUCAAGAAGAUCUGGGUCCCACUUAACUGUUUUAGAAACUAGUGCAGAGGGAAACUCUCCUAAAGAAAUUAGAGCUUUUAUGAUUAGAAACAUGUUUGUCUAAAAAUAAGGGUCUUAGGCCGGGCGUGGUGUCUUACACCUAUAAUCCCAGCACUUUGGGAGGCCGAGACGGGUGGAUCAUGAGGUCAAGAGAUCGAGACCAUCCUGGUCAACAUGGUGAAACCCCGUCUCUACUAAAAAUACAAAAAUUAGCUGGGCGUGGUGGUGCACACGUGUAGUCCCAGCUACUUGGGAGGCUGAGGCAGGAGAAUUGCUUGAACCCUGGAGGCGGAGGUUGCGGUGAGCCAAUAUCGCACCAUUGCACUCCAGCCUGGGUAACAAGAGCGAAACUCUGUCUCAAGAAAAUAAAUUAAAAAAAAAUAAGGGUCCUAAAAUUCACAGCAUUGACCCUUAUCAUGUUGCCUCUCAAGCUAAUAGUGUAAUUCCUUACUGGUGGUUAAAAAUCUAAAGUGAACUGAAGUGAUCUUGAAUCUUGAAAGAGAGAAAAACUGUGCUGGAAAAUGUUAUUGUUUAAUUGAUGCCUUAAAAAGCAAUGCGUAUUAAACAACCAUUAUACUCCAGAUUUUCUUCUGGGCAUUGGGGAAGCAAACAAAAUAGACUUAAAAAUCCUUGUGUUCAUGAAGCUUACAUUCUAGUAGGAAGAGUAAGGCAAUAAACAAAAGUAAUUUAUGUUAGAAAAUGUCAAGUAAGAUGGAAAAGUGUAGAUUAUGGUAAGGUAAAUAUUUUGUUUUCUUAAGAGAAGAACAAUGUUUAAAAGAGUAAUCAAGCAGGGCAUGGUGGCGUGCCCCUAUUUGUCCCAUAACCUGGCAGGCCAAGGUGGGAGGAUCACUUAAGCCCAGGAGUUUGAGGCUGUCAUGAGCUGCGAUCGUGCCACUGCACUCCAACCUGGGUGACAAACCAAGACCUUAUCUCUGGAAAAAAAGAAAAGAAAACGGAGUGAUGAUCAGGGUAGGCUUUACUAGGAGGGUCACAUUUGCAUGGAUACCUUAUUUGUCUUUUCUUUCUUCACUUUUGUUUUGUUUUUUUGAGACAGAGUUUUGCUAUUGUUGCCCAGGCUAGAGUGCAAUGGUGCGAUCUCAGCUCACUGCAACCUCCACCUCCAGGGUUCAAGCGAUUCUCCUACCUCAGGCUCCCGAGUAGCUAGGAUUACAGGCAUGCACCACCAUGCCUGGCUAAUUUUGUAUUUUUAGUAGAGAUAGGAUUUCUCCAUGUUGGUCAGGCUGGUCUUGAACUCCUGACCUCAGGUAAUCCACCCACCUCGGCCUCCCAAAGUGCUGGGAUUAUAGGCAUGAGCCACUGUGCCUGGCCCUCUUUCUUUACUUUUUAUCAUGAAAUUGUUAAACAUACAGCAUUUGGGGUUGUUGGUUUUUUUUUGUUUGUUUGUUUUUUGAGACAGAGUUUCACUCUUGUUACUCAGGCUGGAGUGCAGUGGUGGGAUCUUGGCUCACUGUGAUCUCUGUCUCCUGGUUUCGUUGCUUCUCCUGCCGCAGCCUUCCCAGUAUCUGGGAUUACAGGCAUGAACCACCAAGCCCAGCUAAUUCUGUAUUUUUAGUAGAGAUGGGGGUCUCACCAUGUUGGUCAGGUUGGUCUCAAACUCCUGACCUCAGGUGAUCCACCUGCCUCAGUCCCCUAAAGUGCUGGGAUUACAGGCAUGAGCCACCUUACCUGGCCUAAACCUACACUUUAACAAACCCUCAUUGUACCUCACCGAGCUUCUGUAUUUUAAGGUAUUACUUUAAUCAAGGAAGAAGAAUUAUGUUAAAGGACAAUUGCCCAAUGGGCUUGAACUGAUACUGGCAAAGAAUUUCAUUUUUUAAAAAUGCAAAAAAAAGGCUGGGCGCAGUGGCUUAUGCCUAUAAUCCCUUUGGAAGGCUGAGGCUGGCGGAUCAUGAGGUCAGGAAUUUGAGACCCGCCUGGCCAAUAUGGUGAAACUCUGUCUCUACUAGAAAUACAAAAAUUAGCCGGGUGUGGUGGCGUGCACCUGUAGUCCCAGUCUUCAGGAGGCUGAAGCAGAAGAAUUGCUUGAACCCGGGAGGCGGAGGUUGCAGUGAGCUGAGAUCACACCACUUCACUCUAGCCUGGGCAACAGAGUGAGACUCGGUCUCAAAAAAAAAACAAAAAAAAGCAUACCACUUGCCCUUAAUAAAUGCAAACAAUUUAAGCCCUUUAUUAGAAUUCAUAAAAAUUUAAAUAUUGGAACUAAUAACAGAGUAAAGCAAAGGGAAAAAGCACUUUGUUUUCAAAUUGCACAAAUUCUCCCUGGAGAUUCUGAUACAGUCUCUCAUGUCUUAUUAAGUCUCACUGUAAAAAACAUAGAAAGCCUAAGACUAUAAGACAUCAGUUAUACACAAAACAAAAUGAAGCACAAUGGAAUUUUCUCUUUCUUUAUAUUUCUGAAGUUGGUAAAGCAACUAUCUUCUCUAUUUUACAGAAAAGAAAACAGAGACCCAAAAUGCUAUUCAUAGUAAUAGAACUAGAAUUAAAACUCAGAUCUCUUCAUCUCAGCCCAGUCUUUUCAGUAGCUCAGACUGCUUUCUAUAAUGAACAAAAAAGAAUAAUUAGAGAUUUGUAUUUUGGCACAAAACAGCAUCAAAUUUUUAUUAAUUAUAAAAAUCUGUGAGUCUGACAUUUUAUCUUUUAUUCUAGCCAAGAUGUAUUCUUCGUAUGCACGUGUGUUUCUCCUAGAAAGUGGUGCUCUCAAACCUCUCAAGGCACAGAAUUUAUUGUACCCUCUUUAUUUUUACCAAAUUGAAAUGUUUAAGGAUUUCAGAAGCAAAGUGCAAUCCACUUGUGGCUGAAGUUUUACUGAUACAAGAUUCGGGUGGUUUCCUUCUCUCCAACUUCUGGCUACUGCCCUUUAUUUCCUUUGUGCAAUAGAAUUCCCUGAAACAGAUUAGGUGGUAAUUGUACUGAAUUUAGUCAGGAUAAUGGGAAAAGUGACAAAUUAGAUUUAUGUAUUAGGUAUUAUGGAGCUUUCUUUAGCACUCUCCUCCAAGUUUAAUCUCUGACAUGUGUGAUUUAGUAACUUUCUGUCUCUGAAAAGCAGUUUGGACCCGGUUGAAAAAUCUUAGCUAUUUAUGGAGACUUGUAAUCAGCCUGAUAUACAGAGAAAAUUCUGGACUGGAAAUAUAGUCAGGCACCAAGGUCUGCUAACUUGGCCAUUGUCAUUGAUUCAAAACCACCUCCCCACCCUGAGUGAGUAUAAGAUUGAUAUGAAUCUGAAUGCUGUGAGUCUCCUGGUGAUACUUUGAGUGUAUAUGUUCUUGUGUGUUUUUGGAAAGCAUAGAAAGUAUUUAGCUUGAGGGCUUUUUUGUUGACCUUAUUUAUUUAAAAUUCUUAUUUUGUUUGUAAUGGCAUAUGUAUAUUUUUGUGAUGCUACAUCCAAUCUGUGUAUACUUUUUGUAUAUAUGUGUACAUAUUUGUAAAUAUAUUGAUAUGCAAUGAUACAGUAUGUGUAUAUUAUGUACCCAUACCCAUUGUGGGCUGAAUUUAUUUAAGUUCUGUGAGGACAUCCUAGUGGCAUUGUUCAUGCUGCUGUAAUUAGGUUGUGGCUGUAUCUCAUUCAUGAGCCUCUAUUUUGAGGGGCUUGUGUUUGGAUAAGAUGGGCUAAUUUGAAAUUGAAACAGAAAGCUGGAUAUUCUUAGCUUUAAAAUCACUUGCAGAUUUUUAUUUAAGCUGAUGAUAAAUUAGUGAUAUAAACCUGAAAAACCUAAGUAUGUGAAACUGAGACACCAGCAGAUUCUUAAGCUGUAUUAGUCCUUUAUUUUCUUGAUCCACAUUUGAGUAUUAUUACUGAAUAGUAAAUUACUUACAUUGGGACCUAAUCAAGAGGCUGUGGGAACAAAAACUGCUUUGAUCACAUUUAAAAAUAGGAAAAUGUCUGUUAAAUAGAGGAAAUAUAUUCCCAGUUUUCAUUUUUAUGCCUCAUACUGAAUUUUGAUUUUGCAACAAUUUUUUGUUUUCAUUGGUGUGCCUCGUUUUAUAUGUGUCUCUGUGAGGCAGAAAAGGGGACAUUAGCUAAGGGAUGGCCUAACCUAAGUAGGAUAGCAUUUAAUGAGGAACAGGAGGUUGUUAAUUUGUAUAUUUGCAGCAGCUAUGAUUAAUUUAGUCCUGUCUUGGCAUUUCCGGCUACAGAUUUUUUCUUAUUGAACUUGCAUAUCAAAGGUGAGUAGGCUCAUCUGAGAAAAUGCUUCCAGUGAAUAAAAUGCCUCCCGUUGUAUUGCUGUGUCUCUAUGAGACCACUUGUGUUCUGCAAGUUGAUGAUAUAUUCACACAUGAAGCAGUUUUUAAUAUUAGAUGCAUGGUGUGCUAUAAAAAUCUGGGCCUUCAAACCUCUCCCAAGGAUGAUAAGGUUGGGGAGGAUAAGAGGAUAGUAAAUAUGUGCAGUGCCAAUUUGUGAACCUGUAGAAUGUUGCCAAGUAUCAAUGUUUGGUUACACCUGUCUUCAGUUGACAUAUUUAUCUGCAUGAAAGAGUGUAGGAGAAGUUUAAUGUACACUUAAAUACAUUCCCUGCAGAAAUUAAGUAGAGCUUAUUUUCGCAUGAUAAAAUGUAACUGCAAAGCAAUUUUUUACACCAAUAUUCUUUGGAAGAUUAAAUCUAUCUGAUCCAAUAUUAAAUUAUCUUAAAAGAGAAAUUAUCUCAGGAGUCAGUUUAAUCACCCCAAAAAUGUUACAUUUGCUGAUUAAUUGUAUUUUAUAAAACAGCCAACUAUGCAUAACACUUUUCAAUUACAGUAUUAAAUUUAGAAAUAAUUAUAACAGCAUUUUUCUUGAAUAAUUAUUAAAAUUUGGUAAUUUAUUUCUGAAAAAUCAGUAAAAACAUCCAUAGGAUCUGAUACUCUGUUGUUUGAAUAGCCAAAUCAUUGUUUUGCACUGGAGAGUAGUAGAGCAGAUAUUAUAGAUAUUACACCAUUUAAAAUUCAUGCAACUGACUCAGGCUUCUUGUGGAUAUUGAGGACGGUAGUAAUAAUCAAAAGUAAAGUAGAAAAGACUGACAUUGUGAAUGUAACCUCUGGCCCUGACCAUUGUAAAGCCAGUCGUUUUGUGAUUGAAUAAGGUAACACUUAGAAAACCCAGCCCUUUCCCCCUAGUCUCCUGCACUCUUAUACAUUGAUACUUCAUACCUAUUUGUGCUGUACCUCUCAGUCUUACCUGGAUCAUGGGACCACUUAAAAAAAAGUGAUUCAUUUUCCUCAAACUAGAAUCUCAACACCUAAUAUUACACUGUGUUCCAGCUUCAUUGGGUUUUGAACAAAAAGACCUAAGCACGCCUUGUGCUUAAGGAAAAAUAAUUGAUGUGUGAAUGGAAUCAAUCACCUAUUGAUGUCAAGGGUGUCAGGAUGAUGUAGGGGGAUAUGCCUUUAAUUGGGUAACAAUAACUGUAUUAAGUAUAACUAAUUUGUUGGUGCCAUAGAAAUAUUUCCUUUGGAAUUAUGUAAAUAUGAAAUGUUUUUAAACUAAAAUUGGUAUUUUUCACUUAUUAGUUUAGUGUAAUACUGACUUUUGAGUAUAAUUCCAAUUUUACAUAACAUCAUUAUUUAAUCACCUAUGGAGGCACCAUUCUUCAUUUUAAAAUAUUUUUGUUAAUUUAUUUUGUGGUUUUAAGAAUUAUUAAUUAUAUUUUUAUUUUUUUGAGACAGAGUUUCACUCUUGUUGCCCAGGCUGGAGUACAAUGGUGCAGACUCAGCUCACUGCAAACCUCCACCUCCUGGAUUCAAGAGAUUCUCCUGCCUCAGCCUCCCAAGUAGCUGGGAUUACAGGCAUUUGCCACCACGACCAGCUAAUUUUGUAUUUUUAGUAGAGAUGGGGUUUCACCAAGUUGGUCAGGCUGGUUUCGCACUCCUGAUCUCAAGUCAUCCACCUGCUCGGCCUCCCAGAGUGCUGGGAUUACAGGUGUGAGCCACUAUGCCUGGCCUAAAAAAAUUAUUUUUGAAAUAGUUAUCAGACUACUCUAAGCAGUGUGAUUUUUAAACAUACUUGGACAGUAGACUCAGAGUUUUUUUUUAAAUAGUUUUAAGUACAUUAUAUUAAAACUACAAACUCACUUAUUCAAGCCUAAAUAUUGUCACAGAACAGACUAUAAAUUGGGAAUCAAUUUCCUAUUUUGGUGUACAGUUCCAGUCUAUCUACUAAGACAAUCAUCUUUUUAGGUGUAAUAUUGUUUAUUAAGACAUAGGUAAUUUCAGGUUUUACACUUUUCUCACAGGCUUGUGGAAUGAAAGCUAAUAGGCUGUUAUAUCACUUUCAGAAUGAAAUAGGGAAUUGUGGCCAGCCUUCUUAGAGAUUUGCAGUAAAUGAUACUUAAAUGUUUGUUAUAUCACUGAUUUUCUCUUUUGAAGCUGUUGUGAAUGUCCGCUUCACCAUGAUUGAAAAUUGAGAUUUGUAAACAUUACAGUUUAACCCAUAAAUUUUCUCAAACAUGAAAUCAGUAUGAGUAAGCAUAAUUUGAAACGAUCAUAUAUGAUAAUUCCAAGAGUAAAUACUUCCAAACCAUGGAGGGAUAACCACUGUAUUUUUAAAAAUAUUGUUCCUACCCUUCUUUGCAUGCUAUUAAUGACUUUUUUCCUAAAUUAAAAGUAUGUAUUGUGGUAUAUUAAAAAUCUGCAGGAAAAAAUUUGCUUAAAGUGUUUUUAGCACAAUAAAAAUUUUUAUUACUCAGGAGUUCAAGACCAACCUGGGCAACAUGGUGAAACCCCGUCUCUACUAAAAUACAAAAAAAAAUCAACCAGGCAUGGUGGCGGGCACAUGUAAUCCCAGCUAUUUGGGAAGCUGAGGCAGGAGAAUCACUUGAACCCUUGAGAUGGAGGUUGCAGUGAGCCAAGAUUGUGCCAUUGCACUCCAGCCUGGGUGACAGAGUGAGACUGUCUCAAAAAAAAGAAAGAAAAAAUAAUUUUUAUUACUGUUUCCUGAAGAAUGUUUUUUUAAACUCUUGUUUAUUAUAUCAUUAAAAAUACCUCCUAAGGGUUCAGUACAGUGCAUUCCUUUUGCAACAUAGAUCAUGUGGCUAGUUCUCCAACUGUUUUUUUUUUUUUUUGCUUGUUUUUAAUAAACCUUGCUGUUCAACAAUCAGAUAAAUCUUUAUUUUGGAGGAUUCUUCCAGCUGAGAUAGAAAUGUCUUAGACAAUAGGAAAGGCGGAUACAAAGUCCUAACAUUUUUAUAGUAGAGUUUACAAGUGAAAUAAUUUAUCCAUAUAUGUUAUCUUCAUUGUGUAGCACCAGUAUAAAUAGUGGUUUCAUUAAUCAUUGAAUCAGAUGAAGCAGUUUUAAAUAACUUUUUACUUUGUGCUAAGGAUUAUUGUAAUUUCAGGCCACUUUAUUAUUUUCUCUGAGCAGUUUCCAUUGUAAGACUGAAUUUCCCUUUUUUAAAUUCCGAUCAUCACUAAAGGUUAAGAUAAAUAGGAGUUAAAAUAAGUUAUGUUUGAUCUUUUUCCCUUGAAAAUAGUGAAUUUAUUGUCUACAUUAUGAUUAUUAGGCAGAAAUGCACUUGUUUAAAGCAUAGCAGUAAUUACAUUUGGAGGAUAUAAUUACUCGAUUUUCUAGUGGUGUGAAAUACUCUUUAAAAAUUGUGCUUGUCUGUAACUGAAAUGUUAUAGAGUUGUAACACUAUAGGGAUUAUAGAGUUAUAUUUAUUAGCUCUCCUCAAGAGACUGAAGCACAAUAUUUUUCAUGUAACAAUUCUUAUCCAAGUGCUGCUAAUCUGUUGUGCAAAUAACGAAGCUAUUUGGUUGCCUAUUUAGCUAUUCACAAAUCACUGUAAUCUUUGAAACAAUCUUGUUGUUCAUUUGUAUUACUAUUUGGAUAUUGUGAGUUAAUACUUUAGGAAAAAAAUCUGUCAACUCAGCCCUGUUAGCAAAACUGUUUGGAUUCAUUAGUUUUUAUAUGUGUUAACAGUAGGAUAAAUUUUGAAGGGGCUAUUUACUACCAGUGACUAAGGGAAAAAAUUACAUUGUCACUAUCAUUUGACUUGAACAUUUGUGGUAUUGUAAAAGUCUUGUCAGUUGUGUUCUAAAUUGCUUAAGCCAUACAAAAACAGGAUGUUUUUUGUUUUCUUCCUUUCCAGCAGCCUUUUUCUUGUUUGUCUGUUAUGGUUAAUACUCCAUAGAUUUUAGAAAUUGAGAAGUUCUUGAAACAUUUUAUUUUCUUGAGUUCAUCACUUUUGACUCUUGUAUGUGAUUUGUCAUAAAAGAUAGCCUUUCACUACUUCACUAAAUGAAUUUCAGAGUAAACACUGUGAUUCUGCAGAGCUGAUUCAGUAGGCUUUCCAAUGUUUUCUCCUGUUACUCAGUGCCUACCACCUUGAGGGCACGUCAAUGCUAGAGGAUGAAAACUGAAACGUUGUUUUGAUGUUUAUUAAACGAGAUUAGAGAUUAUUUGAUUGAUAAAUGUUCUCUAGGAAUGUGACUACAUUCAUCAGGUGUGAACUCUUGUACAUGAAUUUUGUAUCUUGAAUCCACAUAUAUAUUAAGUGCAUCAUCAAUAUAAAAAUAAACAUUAUUUGCUUAAA